ACAUUUCUGAGGAACUCUGACUCAAUCUGUCCCUUCUCCUUUCACAGGGCAGCAAGGCGAACCCCAUCCCUACUCACUGGACCUCAGCUUUGAUUUUUAACCUCCUUUCCCCGCCCUUCCAGAACACACACAUUCCCAUACCAAAACUGAUUUUAUAAAAACAUUUUAAAUAUAAUGCAACUUGGUGUGCACUACGGCAAAUUUACAGGUGUUUUUUUUUUGUUUCCAAAAAACCCGGGACUUGGAUUUAAAUGUAAUUUUUAAAAUUUCUAUUUCUAUUUUUUCUGCAGCAGUUGGGUUAGAGGAGGAGGAGCCUUUUAGCCUCUUAUAAACUGACCUCUCUACUUCCUCGUGUAUUUUUAAGAUUGAUUGAUGAUGUUAAAAGGGCUUUGCUUGUCUGCUACUAAGAACUUUACCCUUGCGGUUUUUGUGGAAACUGCUUUUGGAAAGAAAUGAACUUUACUGACUUAACAUUUUUGCACCUCCCGUUUUUCUAAUCUGGGCUAUUUUUAUUUUUUUUUUUUACAGUGAGAUUUUUUUGAUCUUCAGCUACAGUAAUUUUAUUUUACUUCGUGAGAAACCAAAUCAUCAAAGAUAAUGGCCAGCAAUGUAACAAACAAGACAGACCCUCGUUCCAUGAACUCCCGUGUAUUCAUUGGGAAUCUGAAUACUCUGGUAGUCAAGAAGUCUGAUGUGGAGGCAAUCUUCUCAAAAUAUGGCAAAAUUGUGGGCUGCUCUGUUCAUAAGGGCUUUGCCUUUGUUCAGUAUGUUAAUGAGAGAAAUGCACGUGCUGCUGUGGCAGGAGAGGAUGGAAGAAUGAUUGCUGGCCAGGUUUUAGACAUUAAUCUGGCUGCAGAGCCAAAAGUGAACCGAGGAAAGGCAGGUGUGAAACGAUCUGCAGCGGAGAUGUACGGGUCAGUACCAGAACACCCUUCUCCGUCCCCUCUACUCAGCUCCUCUUUUGAUUUGGACUAUGACUUUCAACGAGACUAUUAUGACAGGAUGUACAGUUAUCCAGCACGUGUUCCUCCUCCUCCUCCUAUUGCUCGGGCUGUCGUGCCCUCAAAACGCCAGCGUGUAUCAGGAAACACUUCACGGAGGGGGAAAAGUGGCUUCAACUCUAAGAGUGGACAGCGAGGAUCUUCUAAGUCUGGAAAGUUGAAAGGAGAUGAUAUUCAGGCUAUUAAGAAGGAGUUGACCCAAAUAAAACAAAAAGUGGAUUCUCUGCUGGAAAACCUGGAAAAAAUUGAAAAAGAACAACAGAGCAAACAAGCAGUGGAAAUGAAGAACAACGAUAAGUCAGAAGAGGAGCAGAGCAGCAGCUCCCAGAAGAAAGAUGAGACUAAUGUGAAGAUGGAGUCGGAGGCGGGUGCCGAGGACUCUGCCGAGGAGGGGGACCUACUCGAUGAUGAUGAAAAUGAGGAUAGGGCAGAAGACCAGCUGGAGUUGAUCAAGGAUGAUGAAAAAGAGGCUGAAGAAGGAGAGGAAGACAGAGACAGCGCAAAUGGCGAGGAUGACUCUUAAGCACAUAGUGGGGUUUAGAAAUCUUGUCCCAUUAUUUCUUUAUCUAGGCGCUUGUCUAAGAUCAAAAUUUUCACCAGAACCUCUUCCCCUAGUAUCUUAGCUACAUGCUCACUGUUCUUCCCAUCCUUGUCCUUCCCCAUGUUCAUUCAUACUGCCCUGCGCCUAGUCCCAUUUUCUCUUUGAUGCCCCUAGUAGUUAAGUCUUACCCUGUAAUUUUUGCUUUUAAUUUUGAUACCUCUUUAUGACUUAAUAAAAAGGAUGUAUGGUUUUUAUCAACUGUCUCCAAAACAAUCUCUUGAUAUGCAGGGAGUACAGUUCCUUCCAUUCAUACAUGAGUUCAAUAGUUGGUUCCCUAACUGCAAAGGCAAUCUCAUUAAUUAGUACUUGAGAGCAGCUUUGAGUUAGUGGCAUGUGUCUUUACCCCACGAGAGUGCAAUGUGGGGCUAUUCAACACGAAUGUAACAAUGUAUUUUUGUGAAUGAGAGUUGGCAUGUGAAAUGCAUCCUCUAUAAAAAAUAGUGUAAUAGUCUUUAACAUUUGUUUUCUAACGUUGACACUGUGGGUUAUUUUUGUGAACAGCCUGAUGUUUGGGACCUUUUUCUCAAAAUAAACAAGUCCUUAUUAAAACAGGAA